AUGACAUCCGACCAGUUGACCGACAGCCAGCGGCGCAAGCUGGCCCACCAGCUGCUGAUCGAACAUCUCUCAUACCAAUUUGCCUUUCCGGUCCAAUGGAUCAACACCCAACAAGCCCUGCUCCAACAUGACCCGCCCAUCCAGCGCAUCAUCGAGAUUGGCCCUGCGCGGGUCCUGGCCACCAUGGCCCAGAAGACUGCCACCACGGGGCCCACCGCCCGCCACGACCAGGCCAAUGCCAUCAACCGACAGUUUCUCAGCUCGGCCAGCAAUCUCAAGGAGAUCUACUAUGAGUAUGAGGAGCCGGCGGAACCAGCCCAGCCGGCCCCAGCUGCCACCCCAACUACCACCCCAGUGACUACCCCAGCGACCACCGCAGCUCCCGCUCCAGCCACUGCCCCAGCUCCCGCAGCCGCUGCCUCCAUCCCCGACACGCCACUCACGGCCGGAGACCUAGUCCUCGCCCUAACAGCCCAGAAACUCAAGAAGCCCUUCGACCAAGUCCCCCGGGACAAGAGCAUCCGGGAUCUCUCCGGAGGCAAAUCCACCCUGCAGAAUGAACUGAUCGGCGACCUCGAAGCCGAGCUCGGCCAUCUCCCCGACAACAGCGAGACGCUCGCCCUCGAAGCCCUGUCAACCCUUCCCUGCUCCGGCCAGCUCGGCAAGCCCAUGACCAGCCUAGUCGCUCGACUGAUCUCCUCCAAGAUGCCGGCGGGCUACACCCAACAAGCCAUUCGCCAGCACUUGCAGACGCGCUGGGGACUGGAGGUCCACCGUCAAACCGCCGUGCUCUGCUACGCCACGACUCUGGAACCAGCGGCCCGUCUGGCUGACCCAGCUGCUGCCACUGACUUUCUGGACCGCGUCGUCCAGCGCUACGCCCAAUACUUCACGCUAACCCUCACCCCGGGAUCAUCCACCACCCCGUCCGGCCCGGCUGCGAUCGUGGACGCAUCCGCCCUCGAGGCCGCCACGCGCGAGCAGAAAACCGCCCUGCGCAAGAUCCACGAGGUGCUCGGCCAGCUGCUCGACGAGCCUGAGGCUAUGGCGGAGCCAACUGUCUCCACGGCCGAGCUCACCGCGCAGCUCGACCACUGGACCACCGAGUUCGGGUCGCAAAUGCAGACCGGCACCGCGCCGCUCUUCGACGCCCGUAAGAUCCGUCUCUACGACUCGUGGUGGAACUGGGUGCGGGUGGAUCUCCUGUCCCUGCUCCAGCGGCUGGACCGGGAGGAUGUCCCGUCCGCCGAGUUAGAGAACGAACUGCAUAUGAUUUUCAAUCGGUGGACGCCGGCCUGCUCGCAGCUGGUGGACUUCGCCUCCACCACCCGGGGGCAUCCCAUACGUGAGACAUUCAACUCAGAGCACCGUGGUGUCGAUCCCACUUUCCGAUACACCCAACCCUCCCUCGCCCCCAAAACCACCAUCACCGACACCGGCGACAUCCAGUACACCGAAGUCCCCCGUGUCUCUGCCCCGACCCCCACCGACCACGCGUUCCUCCUCACCCGCAGCACCACCACCACCACCACCCACCUCCCCUUCUGCCACAUCCGUCGCCGCCACGGCCCGACCUGGCGCUACCACGCCCCCUGGACGAACCACUUCCUGGACGCUCUCACCACCGCCACCACCACCGGCCUGUCCUUCAAAGACCGCACCGUCCUGAUCACCGGCGCCAGUCCCGGUUCGAUCGGCGCCGAAGCCAUCAAGGGGCUACUCCAAGGCGGGGCCCAUGUCCUCGUGACCACCAGCCGAGCGAUCAGCGCGACCGCGGACUUCUACAGCACUCUGUACAAGAGGUACGGUGCCCGGGGGAGUAAACUGAUCCUCCUGCCAUUCAACCAAGCCAGCGUGCAAGACUGCGAUGCGUUGAUCGAUCAUAUCUAUACCCAGGGCCCUGCCUCCGGUGGGACCUAUGGGGGCGACAUCGACGCGAUCCUCCCGUUCGCGGCGAUGCCUCAGACGGGGACCAUUGACAGCGGGCUCGAUGAAAGGGCGGAGCUCGCGCACCGACUCAUGCUCACGAAUCUCCUCCGGUUACUCGGCCGGAUUAAAUAUCAUAAAGUGCAACGACGGAUCACGAGUCGUCCCACGACGAUCAUCCUCCCGCUGUCGCCGAAUCACGGGACCUUCGGGGGGGAUGGACUCUACUCGGAGUCCAAACUGGGAUUAGAGACGCUGUUGAACCGGUUCGAUUCGGAGCGGUGGGCGCCGUAUCUCGCCGUCUGUGGGACGGUCAUCGGAUGGACCCGCGGCACCGGGUUAAUGAGCGGGAAUAAUAUCCUCGCGGAGGCGGUGGAAGCGCAGGGCGCGAUGACGUUCUCGGCCGGGGAGAUGGCGUGGAAUGUGUUGGCGGUGUUGGGGCAGGGGAAAUUGGUGGCGGCGUGUGAGGAGCAGCCCGUGUGGGUGGAUUUGAGUGGGGGGUUGGCGGGGGUGGAGGGGUUGAAGGAGGUGUUGGGGCGGGCGAGACGGGAGAUGCAGCGGGCGAGUCAGAUCCGCCAGGCGAUCGUGGCGGAGCGGGAGCGGGAGCGGGAGGUGUUGGGCGUGGCGGAGGGCCCGGGGCCGCGGGGGGAUGGGUUUCGUCCUCGGGCGGGGCUGAGGGUUGGGUAUCCCGCGGUGAAGGAGUAUGAGACCGCGAUCCAGGGAUUGCCUGAUUUGCAGGGCAUGAUGAACCUGCAGAAGACGGUGGUCGUGGUGGGAUAUUCCGAGUUGGGUCCAUGGGGGAGUGCCCGGACCCGAUGGGAGAUGGAAUCCACCGGGGCGUUUUCCGUGGAAGGACUGGUGGAGAUGGCGUGGAUGAUGGGGUUGAUUGAGCAUUGGGCCGGAGAGGUCCAGGGCCAGCCCUAUGCCGGAUGGGUGGAUCGACAGACCAAAGCCCCGGUGCGGGACGAUGAGAUCGGCACGCGGUAUGGGGAAUAUAUCCGGGCGCAUACGGGGAUCCGGUUCAUCGAGCCGGAACUGCUGAACGGGUAUGAUCCGGAUCGCAAGGAGUUUCUGCACGAGGUCGUGGUCAAUGAGGAUCUGCCGGUGUUUACGGCGGCGCGGGCCACGGCGGAGGCGUUUCAGCUGCGGUACGGCGACAAGGUGGUGAUUACGCCGCAGGGGGAGGAUGAAUGCGCCGUGCGGAUCAAGAAGGGGGCACACUUUCUCGUCCCCAAGGCAAUUCCCUUCAGUCGCAAAGUGGCAGGGUUGCUGCCCACGGGCUGGGAUCCGGCGCGAUAUGGCAUCCCGGAAGAUAUCGUGGCGCAGGUCGACCCCAUCACGCUGUAUGUGUUGUGCUGCGUGUGUCAGGCCAUGCUCAGCACCGGCAUUCAGGAUCCGUUUGAGAUCUACCAGCACAUGCAUGUCUCCGAAGUGGCCAACUGCAUUGGCACGGGGGUGGGGGGUUUAGUAUCGAUGCGGGGGGUCUAUGGUGAUCGCUAUCUGGAUCGCCCGGUGCAGAACGACAUUCUGCAAGAAUCCUACCUCAAUGCCAUGGGAGCGUGGACCAACAUGCUCCUCCUGGGCUCCAGCGGCCCGAUCAAAACGCCAGUUGGCACUUGCGCCACGGCCGUCGAAUCGCUCGAUUCCGGCUGCGAAUCGCUCCUCCUCGGCAAAGCCAAACUGGCCAUCGUCGGCGGCACCGACGACUUCCAAGCCGAAAUGUCGUACGAAUUCGCCAACAUGAAAGCGACCGCCAACACCCUGGACGAGCUGGCCAAAGGCCGUCUACCCCACGACAUGUCCCGCCCCAGCACGACCUCCCGCAGCGGCUUCAUGGAAUCCGCCGGCUGCGGCAUCCAAAUCAUCACCACCGCCGACACCGCCCUGGCCAUGGGUCUGCCCAUCUACGGCAUCAUCGCCUAUACCCAAAUGGCAGGCGACCGCAUCGGCCGCUCCGUCCCAGCCCCAGGCCAAGGCAUUCUCACCGCAGCCCGGGAAUCCCCCCCCGCACGAUCCUCCCCACUCCUCUCUCUCCCCUACCGUCGCGCCCACCUCACCACCGCCCUAUCCCAGAUCCAACGCGAACGCACCGAUCUCCUCACAGCAGCCAAACACCUCCCCCUCGACAACACCCCCCACAGCCUCUCCGAGCACCUCCACCGCAUCGAAACCCUCACCACCCAGAAACUCCUCACCGCACAAACCCUCUGGUCGAACCCCCGUCUCCAAGACCCCACCAUCUCUCCCCUCCGCGCCGCCCUCGCAACCUGGUCCCUCACCAUCGACGACCUCACCGUCGCGACCCUCCACGGCACCUCCACCCCGGCUAAUGAUCUGAACGAAGCCCGCGUCCUCAACACCCAAAUGUCCCACUUACACCGCACACCAGGAAACCCCCUCCUCACGAUCUCCCAGAAACAUCUCACCGGCCAUCCCAAAGGCGCUGCCGGAGCAUGGAUGCUCAACGGGGGGUUACAAGUCCUAUCCUCCGGGGUGGUACCGGGGAACCGCAAUGCAGAUAAUAUUGAUGAGAAGUUCCGGGGGUUUGAACAUCUGGUGUAUCCAUCCACCGCCAUGAAGAUUGGUGAGGACGGGAUGAAGGCAUUCAUGUUGACGAGUUUCGGGUUCGGGCAGAAGGGCGGGGUGGUGGUGGUGGUUGCGGCGAGGUAUUUGUUUGCGGGGUUGGGAAAGGGGGUGUAUGAGGGGUGGAAGGGACGGGUAGGGGAGAGGAUGAGGAGGGGGGAGCAGGUGUUUCUGAACGGGUUCAUGGGGAAGAAUGGGGAGGGGUGGUUUCGGGCGAAGGAGGUGUCGGCGUGGGGGGAGAAGAAAGAGGAUGAGACGAGGGUGUUUUUGGAUCCCGGGGCGAGGGUAGCCCGGGAGGGAGGGGAGUAUGUUUUCAGCAGAGGUGCUUAG